AUGUCUGCCGCUUCCGGCGGAGACCUUCAAGGUCGUGAGAAGGAUAGCAAGUACCGAGCGUACGCGAAAGCCGUCGAUCAAGCUCUGAAAACAUUCGAGACGCCCAAUGAAUGGGCCGACUUGAUCUCGGCUAUCGGAAAGCUCGCAAAAGUGCGUUUGAACUAAAUGGAUUGCGAAAUUUACUAAAAUAUGACUAAUUUUCAGGUUAUUCAGUCAAAUGCCAAGUUUUGCACAAUUCCGAACAGAGUGACAGUGGCCAAACGACUCUCGCAAUGCCUCCAUCCCGCUCUUCCGAUGGGUAAGUCCAUGAAUACUUUAAGAAUAAGAGAACUCACAUUUUGAGAAUAUUUCAGGCGUCCAUCUGAAAGCCCUGGAUACUUACAAGCAAAUCUUCGAAAUUCUGGGGCCCAGCAAACUUCCGGAGUGUCUGUAUUUGUUCGCGGUCGGCCUCUUCCCACUCAUGGAUCACUGUGGAAUCAAAGUAAAAUCCGAACUUUUCACAAUUUUCGAAAAUUAUUUGGUGCCAUUGGGAACCAAUUUGCGGCCGGCUCUUCCCGGCUUUCUCGGCGGAGUUUUACUUGCGCUUGAGGAAGGAACUGAGUUUUAUGACAGGUUUGUCUUUAUUUAGGAUAAUAAACAUUUGAAAACAUCAAAAAUCCUUCAGAUCUUUCAAUUUGCUCGAUAAAGUGUGCGUACAAGUCGGUGAGCGAGCCUUCUACGCAUGUCUCUGGCAAGCAAUACUCGGCUCUCCGCCCGUCCGGCUCCCGGCUAUGAUUUAUGUGAAUGCGAGAUUCGACAGAUUGAAAAGUUUCGAUGAUCAAAGUAAUAUAGUCGGAGAUCAUGUGAAUCACAUGGUAGGCACACAACUCUUCAACAAUUCUCCUAAUUUUGUCAUAUUUCAGGUUGCUGCUCUCUGUGCAACUGCAGAUGACACGGGCUCUCCAUUAGUUCAACGCUGGCUGCUCGACUUCCUCGUUUCCGCGUUCCCACUCGACAGCACCAAUUUGACCGACGAAGACUUCGUGCAGCUGCUCCGUCGGUGUCUUUUCGUCGUGCUUCGCAGAGACAUGUCCCUCAACCGGCGACUUUACACGUGGCUAGUCAACAGAAGUGGCGAGAGUCGAGGCGUCUCCGGAUUGUCCCUGGGCGGUCCGGACGAUGGAAUCGACAUGUCGUUCUUUAAGGAAAGAGUUUUGGGACUGGUCAGCAAGGCUCUGCAAGAGUAUCUGGCACUGGAUACAAUUGAAAGUCCGAUCGCCAAUCAUCAACAUUCUAUUUUUGGAGAUCGGAAAGAAGGAGAACAGGUGCAAUUCGCUGAAGUACGCGUCUGUCGGCUGCUGCUCUAUGUUCAGGAUCGAGCAGACAUUGGGAGAGCGAUUCUGGAAGCUGUGUUUGCGGAUUUUCUAAAGAAAUCUGCAGAAUUUCACCAGCAUUCAAAGAAAAAACGGAGAAAGAGUGCAUCGGUUGUGGAGAAAGCACGGAAGCCAGGAGACAGAGAAGGACUUCAUUUAGACCUGAAUUCCGUUCACUCUCGCUCCGAUGAGAUCACUUCCACGUCGUCGGCGAUUGUGGUGAUAGAUGAGGAGGAUGCGGUGCAAGUACGGAGGAUCGAUGAGCUCUCGAAGACAUUCAAUAUGCUUCUGAACUCUCUGGAGCAGGGAUUUCUGUGGACUUUCCUCGGCAACUGGUACACACAGAUUGUGGAAAGCGAAGCGGUUGUUGGAGGGCAAAUACAUGAUUUCGCGCAGGUCUAGUAGACUUAAAUAGGACUGAGUGAGCAUAGUUGUUUUCAGGUUGUCACAGUAUGUCUGGAAAUGAGCAACGUCGAAAGUGACCCAACAAUCCGUUCCCAACAUUUGCCCCGUCUUCUCGAAGUCGUGCUCCGCGGACUUGCCAGCAAGAAUCUUCUAUUUUCAUCCGAUCAACACGAUCUUCUUCGGUUGUAUACCGUCUGUCAGAAACUUUUGGAAAUAAGCACAGCUCAUCCACCAUCGCCGAUCGAAGGUGAGUGAUAUUUUCCAGUGUACCAAAUUUUGGGGAUGCUUAGCGAAAUUUUGUAAUUUGUAGUCUAAGCAGCACGAAGAUCUCGGUCUGCUGGCCUGAAAGCUUCCCAUAAUUGUUCUGUUUCUCUAACCCUUCCUCAUUUUUAGUUUGCGAAGCCGCCGAGGAUACGCUGUCACUGAGCCAGGAAGUCACCGCAGUUGAGCAUGGUUCGGUUUUCGUUCACUUUAAAUUUUUUAGAAGCUUUUCCUCACUCGACCGUUUCUCUCAAUCACUAAUCGAUCAUUUUCCAGAAGGCAGCCAAACGGACGCGUGCCUCACCCAAUGCGUCGCAGCUCUCUCGGCCAUCUUCGAAAUCUACACCGCAUCCAGAAGCCCCUCACUCAUUCCGCUCAUUGACGCCUCCACUUCUCUUCUUCACUCGUUUCUCGACGUGCCUAUAUAUUACGUGGGACUUGACAGUCACGUGGACCUAGAUUUGGAGCACGACGUCCAGCCGUGGCUCAAGAAUAUGCUCAAAGUGAUUGAUGGACCUGGGUGGCUGAAAGAAAUGCGAGCGGGAACGUGUACAGAUGUGUCGGCUCGUGCCUCUUUGCUGGAAUUGCUGUGUAAACUCUACGUAAAAUCGGUCAGUGUGCUUCAGCAGCACGAAGAAGCGUCUCAGCGGCCGCAUGAUGAUUACUUCGACGAAAUGACGCACGUACUUCUAAAACCGCUCCUCGGAAAGCGAGACGUUCAGUUUGUGGAGCAAGGAAGAGUGUUCGGCACUUGCGGAGAAGCCGUUUGGCUAGGAAUCGCCUCCAGAAGAUGUUAUAGAGAACAACAACGACUCGCGCGUCUUCUCGUUGAUCUACACUCCAGAAAACCAAACGAUGCGAGCAGUGACGUGGAGAAUAUCAUUGUACAAGCGCUCACCUCCAACGACGAUCUCGUUUGUACAGAAGCCGCCAAAACACUGCACAGAGUUUGGGUCUUGACUCGAAAUGUGCUGGAAGAGCAGCAAGGAGCGUCGACGUAUCGGAAACCGUUCAAUCGGGCGGUCAUGAUCCUGCUGGGAGUGCUCGCCGACGAAAGUGUAUCGAGAACAAGAACGGAGUUGAAGGCAGCGGCUUCCGCGUGGUUCGCCGACUGUGCCAAACACAACGACCUGCCCAGAAUCGUCCAAAUGCUCUCCACAAUGCUCAUGAAUCCAGUGACUGCCCGCAUUUCCAUUCAAUACAUUCGCCAGGAGAUCAAGAUGACGUCGGAGGAAUGCACGGCGAUACCAGCGGAUGUUUCUGCAGUCACUCUCAUGACAAUCGACGGGAAGCAACGAUUAUAUCACGUCACUGGACCCUCGUGUACUGAUGCCACGUGGAUCACCGAAGUUCGCAAUCGUCUCCUUCUGACGUCAACGGAAGAAGUCGCGCUGGCGCAUAGCGGAGAGCAGCGACACGUGUCGCCAUGCCAGGAUUCAGUGGAUAUGCCCAAUUUCGACGAUGACACCGACUCGCUUGACACUCUUUCAAUGGGAAUGGAAAGUGUGGAAGACGUGGUGAAGGACAUCAUGGCGAUUCUUGUGGACAACGUUUGCGAAGAGUACGAGGAGGAGGAUAUGGAGAGGGAACGUCUGAACACGUUGUUGAAUGGAUGCGGAAUAGAAGCCGCAGGCGCCAGUUUUAGUCUACGAGAUCCUUCCGAGGGAGAAGAAGAAGAGGAGGAGGAGGCGACUGUGAAGCCAGCACCGAUUUGUCCGGAUCCAAUCGUGCAAAGAGUCAAAAAAGGACAUCGACGGCAGGAUUCACUGCAGGAGAGCAUUUUCAACAUGACCGAGAAAGAUCUGUGCGCAUUUGACACAUCAGAAAUCUUCAGGCCGUCUACAGAAACUGUGAAAGGGAAGGAUACGUCUACCUUCCCCGGAACAGUUUCCUCCGCCAGCUCCACAAGCUCUGCGCCCGGAUCUUCUUCUCUUUUCGAGGAGAUGCACACCCAUAUGCUGCUGUACGGAGAGAGCGGAAAAGUGGUCGAUUUGGCAAGAGCCGAGACUGCGUUCCGAAUUCUGUCGGCCCUUCUCUCGCCACGUGGAGCCACUGGAAAUCGGAUGCUUCUCAACUGUCUCGUGUCGUCCGGAACUACUGCGACGACGCCCGCGUCUCCAGAAGAGCAAUCACUGGUCGAGUUGAUGCAAAGACAUGUCAGAGCCAUUCUAGGACAACAUUUCUGGUCAGCACCAGCUUCUGACGAGGAGAAACACAAACACAUCACACUCCUGGAGCUUCUGAUCACAAUUUCACUCCAUUUUCUCCGCUCCUACUUCCUCAACUCUCCAAUCUCUCCGGUCACCGAAGCGGAUUUGGCGUCUCUUUGGAAGUGCAAGAUUUCUGCGUUGGAAUUCCUGUGUGAACUAUUCCGCGAGCUGUCCGCAAUGCUCAAUGAGCACGAAUCGAAGCAGUUCGUACUUUUUGUGCAGACCAUUCUGAAUCGUUCCAAACUGCAAAAGUGUCUUCUCCAUUUGCUUCUCACUGCCGUCGACCACAAUCCGGCGGAUAACAAGCCCUACACGACGUCCGGAGUGGCGCUCUCGGUAUCGAUCAGCAAGUUCAACGAGGGAUUGCUCGGAGAGUCACGGCGCCUUUCUCCGCUUCUCGCCGCCUACCAUCGGAGUCUGCUGACGUUCACAGCACACGCGAUUCGAUUGGAGUGCGAUAUCAAACGCGGAUUCAACACUUUUUCAGAUGUAAGACAGACUAUCAAUUUGGUUCUGCUUUCAAUGAGAAUUAAUAUUUGCAGGGCGGCUCCGCUCACCGGCUCUCAAUCAUCCAGUCAGUCAUCAAUCAGUCGUUCAACCGAUCCUCCAGCCGCGACAAUCAUGCCUCCACCGUCGAACUCCGCGCAUUCCUGCUCAUACUUCUGAACGCGCUCAAAAAACAACCUCAUCGACACGAAAUGUGGCUUCAAUUCGUCAUUCAGAUACUUCCCUGGGUGGAAAGGUACCAAAGCUCUUGCUUCAGAAGAAACACCUAAUUUUCCAGGUCCCUGGCCACCAUUGUAUGCCGAGUCGUCGAGCAAUUGUGCAAGAAUAUGGAGAACGCGAUGAGUGUGGCCUACGAGAAUCCGCCAACCAGCGACGUCGUUGUGGACAGUCCGGGAGAGACGCGCGACGAGCCGGAAGCCUAUCCGGCCAAUUACCUGGCGAUGACACUUGAAUCUCUCACAACUCUCGUGCAUUUCUGUGUCAUUGACAGUGCUCCAUCCACGUCUUCCGCGUCGGCGCCGACGUCUUCUGGUCUUCCGAUUGCCGGCCUAACCACUCCCGUUGCCACGUCGUCAAAUAAUGCAACCUCGAUGGUCGGUCAUGCAAUGUCAGUGAUUCCGGGAUCGAAAGUGGCGACAGAGCUGUUCUCUCAGCUCGGAAAAGUGUUCUCGAUGAGCGGAGACAGCGGAGGAGUGAUUUCCAAAAUGGAGAGCUCGCGACAACAUGGAAAUGGGUGGCGGCAGGCUCAAUCCGACAUGCUCACCUCGCUCCCCCACUCCCUUGCGACCGUAUGCAACGUUUGGACACUUGUACGAAGAGCCCAGACCCCUCUGGUGCCAGUCGGAACCAAUUCGCAGCUGCGGAGGCUCGUCCUCCAACUGCUCUCUCCGAUUGCUCAACAUCACAAACACGCGUUCCUUACGUCUCUGGCGCUCGUCUGGCUGACGCGUUCCACUGCGAAACCGACGGUGACGCUCCGGAAACAGGAUCCGGAUCGCGCGACGUUCGAGUACUCCUCCGCCCAACUGGACAUCACAAAUCUACUUCUUUCACUGCAAGUCAUUCCAUUCGAAGACCUCAUCUCUUCCGUGAAUUCCACACUGCGAGAAGCGUCCUUCAAAGCCAACAAAGUCGGAAUAACCACCAUCGAUAAAGCGAACUUUCCGACUGAAGAGCCCCUUCUGGAGCUGGUGCACUCUUGCGUGUCAGCAGUGCUCCAGACGCAACUUCGUCUGUGCUGGAGCUCACUUCUUUCGCUCUUCUCAGAAGCGCCGCUCUCGGCUCUCUCUGCUCGAGCCGUCUUCUUGCUCUUUGUGAUUCUCAGCGACUUUGUGAAAUGUGUGGGCGGAGCGUACAUUGUCGAAGACAAGGCAAUGUAUCGGAACGUGCAGGAGGUGUGCAAUCGGCUCUCCGAAGCGGUCAACGCCAUCGUCGGAUGGCAAUUGGAGACGACGACGUGGCUGAAGAGGACGCUCGUCGUGAAACAGGAUCACGGAUCCACGAGCGCGAGCAUUCGAUCCGUGGACCAGAGCCCGAUAAUUGAGAUUCAGUCUUCGCUUUCCAACCUGUCGGGAAGCUCGCAAGAGCAACAGAGCACUCGCAACUCCACCCUCAGUCUGAUCAACAAACCCGCCUCACUGGACACUCUUUCGACGACGAGCACAGUAACUGAAGGCAAGGCCGACAAGAAGAGCUCUUCGAACCUGCGAGCCUCCAUCAAAGACACCAACAACAACCGGAGAGAUCCCGCGCACAGUACCCAAGCCCUUUUCCUGCUUGCCGAACGACUCACUGAUCUUUUGGAUUCUGUGAGCAAGAGCGACGAGAAGGACAAGGUGCUGCCGACGCUCACGGCCGUCUGGGCGAACGUCGUUCCGUAUCUGAAGGCGAAGAACGCGCGGAACGCCAGAUUCUUCCUCGCCAGUUCGCAGUUGCUCGCCUCGAUGAGCUCCUACUCGUACAUGCGUCCGGUGUGGAAGAAGACGACGCUCGACUUGCUUCUGGACUCGGGAUUCUUCAAAAUGGACCACGCGGCUCUGAAACAGUGGCUCGUCGUCACCGAUCAUCUGAUGACGCACGAUCGCACGUCGUUCAAAGAUCUGCUGAAGAGCAUUUCGUACUCGCCGAACGCCUCGUUCAGUAUAAUGACAUCGAAAGAGCAGGAGUACGAGGCGAGGGCUCAGGCGCUGAAGCGGCUCACUUUUGUAGUGUUUGGAAGUCAAUUGGAUCAGUAUCACGGACAAAUGAAUGAUAUUCAAGGUGGGCAACCAAUUUCAGACUAUCACAAUCGUCCCAUUCUCAGAACGUCUCUCCGACAACCUACGAGUGUCCCAAUCGCCAGUGAUCCGUUCGGCAGUCUUCCUCUGCAUCCGCGUGCUUCUUCUCCGUCUCCGUCCGCACAGUCUCAUCGGCGUCUGGCCGAUCAUGGUCACCGAACUCGUGCACGCUCUCUCGCAACUCGAGCAGCAGCUCCAAGGCGGAGAGCUCGACGGCUUCGCCUCCUCGUCCGACCAAUGGAUGCAGUUGUACGUGGCCGCUUGCAAACUGCUCGAGACUCUGUGCACUCUUCCGGCCGGCUAUCUCUCGCACUUUCAAAUGUUCCACUGGGCGUUCGUCUCGUCGGUUUCGUCGGAGAAAACGGACAUUUUCAAGCCGUUCGCCGAGCGCAUUAAUGAUUUGUUGGCGAAGAAAUACGGAGAACUGACGCCCGAGGCGAUGAGCAACUACACUGCCUCUCUCGCCGGAAUCAAGAUUCUGACGUCUUUCGAAGAGCUCCGGCCGUUCUUUUACACUCUCGCCAAUCUGAACAAAUCGGUGCCGGAAAGCAAUGUAUACUUAAUUCCCAACUCUUUCUUCUAUAAUUUCGUCAAUUUUCAGAACACUCUUCGAGACGCGAGUGCUCUUUCUGGCAGUCUCACCUACAAAAACGCAGUGGCUCGUCUGGAAUCAGCACUCUACGUGGAUUUCUCGGAACAUCUGCAAUUUUGA